AUGAAUUAGCGCUCAUUUGAUACAUAGAGUUUAUGCAGAAAAUCUAAGAAAAUUGAUAAGAAAGAUGACAAGUCAUAUUGGCAGUAAUUAGAAAAUUCAGCAAACAGUAAAUUUGGUAGGAUAAGAGGUCCUAAAAAGAUAAUAGAUUGUUUCGAAAAAAAUAAAUCCUUUGUUUACUUAGUUGAAGAUUGCGAUGGAAAAAAAAAGCUUAUCCCAGAUUUAGUGUUAGAAGAAAAAUUCCCAUAGUUUAUGAUUAAGUACUUGGAAGAGAUAAUUUAAUUCAAUUGA